AAAAAUUAAUAGUGGGGUUAUAAAAAAUUAUCAGAAAGAAAGUCGUUCUUUUGAAUAUGCAGGUUAAAUUCAUUCCUUUUUAUUACAUUAGUACAUCUCACUCAAUCUCAUUCAGCACAUCUCGCAUCUCACUCCUUCUUACUCGUUAAUCAGUUUAACAAAUAGUAAACAAAUAUAUUUAAAAUUCCAGAUAAUUUUUGUUUUUAUUCGUGCAAUAUUUUAUAACCUCAUUAUAAAUAAGGUUGAAUUAAUACAGGCAGUGUAUAAUCAAUUUUGACAUUAAAAAUUUUUGUUUCAUAUUUAUUCCAUUAAAAACACCGGCUUUAAAAACAUCAACAUGAAAAGGAACUCAAAUAAAAGUUGAUCAUUUUUUAAUUUCAGUUACAAAGAAGUACUAUUGAAUAUUUGUGGCCAGGUUCAUACAGGUCAUAGUCAAGAAAGUGUCAAGGUGAACCUCAAUUCAAUUCACAAGCAAUUAUGAGAAGGAAAACCAAAUGAAAUGCGAUAAGUACUCGGUAACACUCCACCAAAGCAGCGCAAUUACCUUGAGAGAUAUGAAGUUUUGAAAAUUGUAGCAAACCAGUAGGAUACUCAGUUCAGUUAUAAGUUUAAAAUAUCAAGCUAAACAUCAUGAGAAUAAUGUUUGAGAAUAAUCUUAAGCUGUCUCUCGCAGUACUACUAGUUUUCAUUCAUUUUUCUUCAAGUGCAGUGCUUAAUUAUUAUAGAGUUAAUACUGAACCUGGAUUAUACUCUCCUCAUGAUGAUGUGCAUAUAUUAACAAUCGACAAUUUUAAUACUAGUAUUUAUGGAAGCAAAAAAGCAUGGAUGGUUGAAUUUUACAGCAAUUGGUGUGGAUAUUGUCAAAGGGCAGCUCCGAAAUAUAAAGCAUUUGCUUCUGAUAUUAGGGGAUGGAGUGAUUUAGUAGUUCCUGCAGCUUUGGAUUGUGCCAAUGAAAAAAAUGGACCAGUUUGUGAAUAUUUUGGAAUAACAAGGUACCCAACAUUUAGAUUCAUCCAUGAAGGGUAUGUUGAAGAUCAGAAUAACACAGGUUUGCCAAUACUAGCGGAUUCACACACAAAUUAUUCAGAACAUAGAAAAAAUCUAGUGGAUAUUUUGAGACUAGAACAAGCUGAAGGCAGAGGAAAGAUGUUACCAAAUAUGCAACCUUUUAAUAAUUCAGAUGUAUCUAAAAUAUUCGAUAAAAAACAAAAAUUGGGAUUUUUGAUUGUACAAGAACCUUCUGAUCCUAUAGGACCCUCAAUUAUAUUGGAUUUUCAUAAAGUAAAGGAAGCUGUUAUUAGAUAUGUUUAUGAUAAUGAUACUUCAAUAAGUACUGAUACAGUACCUGCCUUAUUCCAAGUAGACACAAGUGGUAAGUUAGAUCCUUUAAAAGUAAAUGUAGCAGAUAGAAUAGGAAUCAGGAAUGUCAUUCGUGAUAUUUUGCUCGCAAAAGAUAUUGAAGUUCCUUAUGAAGUUCUAAGAAAUGUAUCUGUCUCAGAGAUUGAGUCAAGACCAGUUACUCUUACUAAAGAAGAAACAGAAUUAAGAGAAAAAAUUAAAGAAAAUGGUGAUGUUGUAUACCAAUUAGAUUUAGAAAAUGCUUUACGUUACUCUUUAAGAAGAGAAAUUGCUGGAAAUUCGGAAAUAACAGGAGAAAAAUUAGAUGCACUUAGAAAGUAUAUUGAUGUGUUAUAUAAGUAUUUCCCAUUUGGAUCAAAAGGUAAAUGUUUACUGAAACAACUAAGACAUUAUGUUAAUUCAACUGAUAAGGCAAAUGGAACUGAUAUAGCUCAUAAGGUAAAAGAGACUGAAGAACAAAAUACAGAUAUUUUCUUAGGGCCUCCUCAAUGGCUGGGCUGUAGAGGAAGCACCCCUACCAAAAGAGGUUAUCCCUGUGGUUUGUGGAAAUUAUUUCAUUAUAUGACAGUUAAUGCUGCAUUUGAUCCAAAAACAACAAAAGAUUCGAAUCCUAGAAUUAUUCUUGAAGCAAUGCAUGGAUAUAUAAAACACUUUUUUGGCUGCGAGGAUUGCAGUAUGCAUUUUCAACAAAUGGCUGAAAAAAGAGAACUGUUUAAAGUAAUGUCUUGGGAAGAAUCUGUACUGUGGCUGUGGAGGGCUCACAAUGAAGUCAAUAAACGAUUAGCAGGAGAUGCUACUGAAGAUCCAGUGUACCCAAAAGUUCAGUUUCCUACUAAAGAAAGAUGUCCCCAAUGUUGGAAAAAUGCUGACAAUCCUGAUGAAGUUGAGAUUUUGAAUUAUCUCAAACAGAUGUAUAGUAAGGAAAAUAUCAAUUAUUUUGGAGCUAAUGACCCACAGGUAUCCAAUUUGAAUAUGCCAGAUAUUGAUGCGAGCAGUCAACAAAAACUUACAUCAAAUGGAUUGAGGACUAUUGAUACAAAUCUAACUAUCGCUCUCUGUGGAUUUAUGAUCUCAGUAAUGUUUAUGAAGUACGGAUGAAUUUUUAAAAGCUGUACCUGUAAGUUUAAAGAAGUCUGUUUACAAUUUGUUUAUAUACAAACCUAUAUUUUGUUGUUACCGCCAAAUAUACACUUUACUAACCCAGUUUAUUGAUUAUUGUAGGUUUAACUGUAAGUAGGUAUUAAUACCAUAUGAUUAUUAUUAGCGUAAACUUGUGUAACAUUGAAAUUGCAACACCCAGUAAAUGUGAAUAUAUUUUAUUAAUAUUUUGAGAAGUUAUUGGGAUCAAUAGGAAUAAUAAUCGAAGAAAAUAUGAAACAAAUUUUACAAUCGUCCCAGCCUUCUACCUAUCAUAUCCCAUACAUGUUCAAUGGGCGAUAAGUCAGGUGACCUUGCAAGCCAUGGAAGUGUGGUUACAUUAGCUUGUCGAAGAAAGUCUCUGGUAACUGCAGCGGUAUGUGGUUUGGCGUUGUCUUGCUAAAAUAUGUGUUUUUUUCAGCGGUAAUAAGUUUAAAAAAGUGUCUGGCUGAAUGGCAAUGUGCCUAUGCCAAAAAAAAAAGUUUAAAAAAAUUAUUAACAUUUUUCAUAACACUUUGUUAUAUUUGCCGACUAAUAGUUUUCUAUCAAGUGAUUUUUUUUUACUUUUUUAGAUAUUUUCGAUAACUUUUUUAUUCAUUGAAGUUAAUAGAAAUGUUCCAUCCACAAAAAAAAAUCAUUGCCAAGAGCUGUCUAAGAAAUAAAUUUUUCUCACUUUUUUCCAAUAAGAUAAAAGAAGACAAACAUACCUGCCGUAAUUCAAGGGAAAUUUCUACCUGUUACGAUGAGCAUAGUUGACUCACCUGGUUUUUAUUUUAAAACAGAGUACGCAAUAUAUAUGUAUUUAUUUUUUUCUGUGGUUGUUAAUUCUUUUCUCUUUUCCACUAUAAUUAUUUAAUAGUAAUAUUCAUUUAUUAAGAAAAUGUUUACAUAAAAUUAUAGUUUGUACAUCUAACUAGUUUUUACAUGAAAUUGAUUUUGGCAACAUUCAAUUAAACAUCCGCAUAAUGCCACACACGUCAUGUUUAGUUUUUGACACGAACAAGCUUUCGUUGCACAAUUUUUUUUACAGUUGCACGGUUUUGCUAAGUCUUCAGGUAAUGGUGGUUUUGUUAAAUACAGUGGCUUUAUUUGGUUAUCACAGAAAACAUAACCAAAACCAGAGAAAUCUAAAGAUCACGACAAGUGCAUUUGGCCUUUUUAUCCUAUUGAAAAAAAAAAGGUUGAAUAUUUUACUUCUCAGGCAGUAUCUGACAAUAAUUUUUU